AUGUUGAGAGCCCAGAUCACCCGGAACGUGUCCCUCUUACACGCUAGAGCCUUCCAGACCGCGACGCCGCUUUCCAAGGGCGCAGCCAAGGUUGUUGCCACGAAAAAGAGAAAGCAGACAUUCAACCCGUCCAAGGGCAAGAGCGGCGAGAAGGCAACCAGAGCGGCAGGGUCGUCCGUCAAGGGCUUUGUGCACGAAGUUUCCUUCACGGGCUACAACAAGGGCGCGGAGAACAUUGCCAUUGCGGCGUUGGGUGCCGGCGCGUUGCAGAAGGGUACGGUGUGCGCGUUUGAGGGUGCGACGCGUCGUGACCUUGCGCACUUCGGGUCCUUCCACAAGCUUCAGUACCACGAGUUGUUCAAAAACCCAAUCUCCUUAGUCCGAGAUGAGACUCUCCAGGUGGAUGCCUAUGUGCAGAAGGCCGUAACCUCUCCUUCCAGCGAAAACGUCUUGUUGGUGUCGGGUAAGGGCGGUGCGGGGAAGACCAGUUUGUUGGCGCAAGCGCAUGCCCUCGCGUUGCAGCGCGCAGCGAUUGUGUUGCCGAUCAACAACGCGGACAGCUUGGUGGACGGGUCCAACGACUUUUUGCUCAACACCGAGACCGGCCGCUACCAACAGCCGAUGUUCGUGAAGAACUUUUUGCACAAGAUUCUCUGCGGGAACAAGGCGGCGCUCCAGGCGCUCAAGUUGUCCCAAGAGUACGUGUCGCAUUACAAGGGGAAGCAGACCAAGUACGACGCCCAGACCUCGCUCUACGACUACAUUAAGUCCGUUAGAACGUCGCUCGACACCAAGAACAACGCGUAUUUCGCAACCAUCAUCGCCGAGUUGGCCAAACAAGACCAGUUUCCGGUCUUUUUUACCGUCGACAAGUUCUCCACCUUCACGCACAACCCAUACACUCAGUACAGAAACACCGAGAACGCGCCGAUCCACUUCUCCGACUUUGAGUUACCCGCGCUUUUGCUCGAUUUUGUCAGUGGCGCCCAAAGCUUCAAGCGAGGUGGUGUCAUCUUGGCCACUUCUGAUGUCCACAAGCGCAACGACACCUUCCGUGUAAUGUUGGGCGAGAUGCAGCCGCGCCCGUACGUGUCUGUAGAGGAGUACGACCCAACGGUGGGUCAGGUCUUUUUGCAGAAGAAGGUUCAGCGGUUGGCUGUCGCGCCAUUGGAUCUUGCCGAGAUCAGGGCGCUCACGCAGACGUUUAUCGCCGCCAAGGUGAUUCCCGAGAAGGAGGCCGAGAAGUUGGAGGACGAAGAGGCGUUUGCAUCGUAUGUCAAACAGAAGUAUGUGUUGAGUGGGAAUGGGAACUUCAGAGAGUUGCUCAAGUCUGUGGUGCUCUUCUACUAGAGGGCGCCGAUAUGUAUAUAGUCAAAAAGGUGCCGGGCAGAGAGCUCGAGCUUAGCAUAAGGUUGGAUGUAGGAGCUCUACAAGGGGGGAAUUAGAGGGUUGGGAGAUUUCGCCAAAGACCCAGAGUUUAAGGGGAUUUGGUGUCCUGUGUAAAAGCAAGAGAUAUGGUUGUGAGUAAG